CUUCUUCUUUUUUUUUUUUCUUUUUUUUUUCCUCGUCAAAUUUGUGUUUCUUUUUGUACAAAAUUUCCUUCCGUUUCCUCUGAAUAAAAUUCCCCCCUCUAUCCUGAUCUAAUCCAAAUUUGGAGUAUUCUCGAAGAAAGACAGAAUGGGGAAUUCAACUGAAGAGUAUGCUGCCUUCGAGGAGAAGGUGAAACGUACAGUUUACAUCGAUAAUCUUUCACCACUGGUGACAGAUGCUGUUUUGAAAACCGCCCUAGGGCAGUUUGGAACUGUAGAAAGCGUUCAAUUUAUCCCGAAUUAUGUUGAACCAAAGAACAUCCCACAGUGCGCCUUGGUGGUGAUGCAAACGGAAAAACAGGCGAAAGCAAUCAUAUUUGAGAUGAGUAAUUUCCCCUUUAUGAUGUCUGGGAUGCCAAGGCCUGUUAGGGCACUUCCUGCAGAAGUGAAGAUGUUCGCUGAUCGCCCUAUAAAACCUGGCAGAAGGAUAACAUGCCAAUGGUUGGACCCCAGUGAUCGAAACUUCGAUGUAGCACAGAAAUUAAAAGAAGUUACACAGAGACAUGCUAGAGAGGCUUCAUAUCUUCUACAGCUUCAAUUGGAGGAGGAAGAAAAGCUCGCAGCAGAGCAGUCAGAAACGCUUAAAACAAAUUAUAAGAAGUGUGAGAUGCUGGAAAGCCUGUUCUCAGAUGGAUCUCAUGGCCGCUUGGCAUAUCGAUACAACCUGAAAGUGACAGAUGACUGAAGGACCUUUUUAGGGAGACCUCUCAAGAGAAGUAGGUUAGAUGACUACUUCUGCUUCUUUUCGGUGCACAUUUGACUUUGCUAAUUUAGCAACAAACAGACAAUAAGAAAUCCCAGUUAAACGUUUGAACUUGAGUUAUCUGUCAGUUUUUCUCAUCUAUAUCGAGAUUAUUAAAAAUGUUUAUGUAGGAUCUUAAAACCAAUUUGUUACUCACUAUUAAGCACUGAGUAGUAUCAGAAUUAUAUGGUCAUUUAUUCAAUGUUGUACUGUUAGUUGGCAUCAAUAAUAAAAAUGCUUUCAGUUUACUUAAA